CAACCGGUGAGCUCGCGGGGGCCCGCCUUCUCCUCUCCGGCAAGCCGAAGCUACCGAAGGCGGCAGGGGCGUCGACGCGACGGAGCCGAACAAAGAUUGAACGUCAAACUGGGCGGGAGCUUGCGAAGCCCCACGGGAAAGGGCCGUCUGAGCCGGGCAUCAUCCCCACGGAAAGCACGUGGGCUCUUCCAGGGUAGCAGGUUCUGACCGCUGCUAGUGCUUGCACUGCUGUGUCGCCGCUCUCGCUGCUCGCUCGCUCUCUCUCUCUCUCUCUCUCGCUGCUGCUGCUCCGAGCAGCGGCCAAAACAAGCGCUUUAAGUUUGAAGGCUCUGAUGCUCGAAAGAGAACUGGAGCCAGGCUUUGCCGUGCGGGGUCUCCACGGAGAAUACAGCGCGAUCAGCCCCGAUGGAUGUCAUGGUAGGCGUUUGGGUUUGCCUGGCAGCGGCCAGAACAGUUGUAGGCCUUGGAAUGGACCCUAGCUUACAGAUUGAUAUUAUCAAAGAAUUGGAUCUUGUCAAUAUGACUAUCGGAGUUACACAGGUGUCUGGACUACAUAACGCCAGCAAAGCAUUUCUCUUUCAAGCUGUAGAUAGAGAAAUCCAUGCAGCAUCCCACACAAAUGAGAAAUUAAUUCAGCUCUUCCGGAACAAAAGUGAAUUCACAUUUUUGACCAACAUACAGCAGAAGGCAUCAACUUCUGGAGUUAUUCUGUCGAUACGAGAGUUGGAACACAGUUACUUUGAACUGGAAAGCAGCGGCCUGAGAGAUGAAAUAAGGUAUCACUACAGAUUUAAUGGAAAGACAAGAACAGAAGUAUUUCCAUAUCGGCUAGCAGAUGGACAAUGGCAUAAAAUUGCAUUGUCACUCAGCGCAUCCCACCUUCUGCUUCACGUGGACUGCAAUAGGAUUUAUGAAAGGGUGAUAGAUCGUCCAGAAACAAAUCUGACUCCAGGAAGCAAUUUGUGGCUAGGACAACGCAACAGAAAACAUGGUUUUUUUAAGGGUAUCAUUCAAGAUGCGAAAGUCAUCUUUAUGCCUAAUGGAUAUAUAACUCAGUGUCCUAAUCUGAAUCGCACCUGCCCUACCUGCAGUGACUUCUUAAGCCUGGUACAAGGAAUUAUGGAUUUACAAGAACUUCUGGCUAAAAUGACAGCAAAACUAAAUUAUGCAGAAAUGAGACUUAGCCAGUUGGAAAACUGUCACUGUGAGAAGACUUGCCAAGUAAAUGGAAUCAUCUACCGAGACAAAGACUCAUGGGUAGAAGAUGAUCACUGCAGAAAUUGCACAUGUAAAAAUGGAGUAAUAGAAUGCCGACGAAUGGCCUGUCCACUAUUGAAUUGUUCUUCUGAUGGCCUUCCAGUCCAUAUAACUGGCCAGUGUUGCAAAGUAUGCAAAUCAAAAUGCAUCUAUGGGGAUAAAGUGUUGGCAGAAGGUCAGAAGAUUGUAAUCAAGAACUGCAGAGAAUGUCGUAAUGGAAUUUUAAUAAAAGUAACAGAGACCUGUCCUCCAUUGAACUGUUCAGAAAAAGACUAUGUACUCCCGGAAAAUCAGUGCUGCCGUGUUUGUAAAGGUCAUAAUUUCUGUGCACAAGGGCACCGAUGUGGUGAAAAUUCAGAGUGCAGAAACUGGAACACACGAGCUACUUGCGAAUGCAAAAGUGGUUAUGUCUCUGUCCAAGGGGACUCUGCCUAUUGUGAAGAUGUUGACGAGUGUGCUGCUAAGAUGCAUUAUUGUCAUGCCAAUACAGUGUGUGUUAAUUUGCCUGGAUCAUAUCGCUGCAACUGUGUCCCAGGAUAUAUCCGGAUUGAUGAUUUUUCAUGUACAGAGCGUGAUGAAUGUGACAGUGGACAGCACAACUGUGAUGAGAAUGCAAUCUGUACCAAUACAAUCAGAGGACACCGCUGCACCUGUAAACCUGGAUAUGUGGGGAAUGGGACCAUCUGCCGAGCGUUCUGUGAAGAAGGAUGCCGAUAUGGUGGGACAUGUGUUGCCCCCAAUACAUGCGCCUGUCCUUCUGGAUUCACAGGAAGUCAUUGUGAAAAAGAUAUUGAUGAAUGUGCUGAGGGGAUCAUUGAAUGUCACAACCAUUCACGCUGUGUUAACCUCCCAGGGUGGUACCACUGUGAGUGCAGAAGCGGUUUCCAUGACAAUGGAACCUAUUCACUUUCCGGGGAGUCCUGUGUUGAUAUUGAUGAAUGUGCCUUAAACACUCACACUUGUUGGAAUGAUUCAGCCUGUGUAAACUUGGCAGGGGGAUUUGAUUGCCUCUGUCCAUCUGGACCUUCCUGUACAGGUGAUUGCCCUUAUGAAGGGGGCCUGAAAAGAAAUGGCCAAGUAUGGACAUUGAAGAAAGACAGAUGUUCUGUUUGCUCCUGUAAGGAUGGCAAGAUCUUCUGUCGAAGGACAGCUUGUGAUUGUGAAAAUCUCAGUGUUGACUUCUUUUGUUGCCCAGAAUGUGAUACCAGAGUGACCAGUCAAUGUUUAGAUCAGAAUGGGCAUAAACUGUACCGAAGUGGUGACAAUUGGACAUACAGUUGUCAGCAAUGCCGCUGUCUGGAAGGUGAAGUGGAUUGUUGGCCACUUGCAUGUCCAGCCCUGAAUUGUGAUUAUACAACAAUGUCAGAAGGAGAAUGUUGCCCUCAUUGUGUCAGUGACCCUUGUUUGGCUGAUAAUGGUAUAUAUGACAUCCAAAAAACCUGUUUAGAUGACUAUGGAAUAACACGGCUAAGUGGCUCAGUAUGGACAAUGCUUGGAUCGCCUUGUACAACCUGCAAAUGCAAGAAUGGAAAUGUCUGUUGUUCGGUGGAUUUAGAAUGUCUUCGCAAUAACUGAAGUAUUAAACUGGGACAAUCCUUUUUGUGAGGAAAACUGAUGCAAUUUUCCACUUUCCAAACAAAUGCAGUGCAAGUAAGAGGUGGAAGUUUUGUACAACAGACAAUGAUCUAAGUCUCUGAGGAAGAUAUUUGGGAGUUGCCUUUGGGACCUAUCACUACACUUGCUAGGCUUCUCUCUACUUUUACAGUAAAAUGCAUAUAAAUCAAUGGUUGUUAAAAGUUUUGAGUGUUGUAAAUUACACCCUUUUUUGUCAAAUCAUUUGCAAAUGCAUUAAAAUUAUUCCAUCAGUAAAAUGCAGUGUAUUGAUUUGUUUAAUUUUGUAAAAAGAUCACAAUGGAAUUUCCUGUUUUAUUUUAGGUUUAGAUCAAAGUUCUACAAAAUAAGGCUGCCUGUGGUUUUGUCUCAUAUUAUUGGCUAUUUAGUUUGGAGGUUCCUGUCGGAUGUAUUUAUGAAAAUAUGUAUGUAUGUACAGUCAAAUUGCAUAGUACUUAUAUUUCAUAGCUGUCAAACAUUGUAAAACAUUCCAAGGUACAUUUGACUUCUACAGGCUGAAAAUAAUCGAAUCCUAGCCUAUCUUUAUGAAAAUAAAUAAAUAAGAAGGAAUAAUGUCACAAGUUUAAUGAAGUGGCAAAAAGCACUUUCUUUUGCAGACAAAUGAACUAGCAGCAAAAAUCCCAGAGUGGAAGAAGAAAUAGAGAAUUAUAUUGUUUUCAUAGCAACGAUCCUGAGCUUAGUCAGAACACCAGGCCACGUUAAGUUUAGCAAAAUGUUGUCAUUUACAAAUCAAACAAUAAAUAUUGAAUGUAGGUGGAAUUCAUACAGGGUUGUGUAGCAUUCAAUAAAGCAAUCAAAGGGCUUUACAUUUACAAGAUUGUAUGUGAAAAGUGAUUUUUUUUCAUAUUGUUUAUACCAAUGUACUUGAGUUUAUAAUCUCUCUCCUGAAUAAUUGCUUUGGUGUAAUAACAUCUACCAUUCUCCAUCGCAAAUGAUGUAAUGAACAAGUUCUUCAUCUAUUCCAUGUUACAAGUUGUAAGAAAGAUGUAAAUGUCACUGCAGUUAACUAUAAUUUCAGUAGAUCAUAUUAGGCAGAGUAGUAGCCUCUUGGUUCCAAUUUUCUUUUAGUGUAAUACGUUGCCCCUUUGGCUCUAUUAUCCCUCUUCUGACACUCACCCAAAUGUAAUGUAUUAAGUUAGUUGUCUGUAAAAUGCUACUUAAAACCAUAAGCUUGGGCCGAAAUUGUAAUUAAACAUUUGAACUGUGCAUAAAGGUUAAGCUUGAAGGAUAGGUAACUGCUGUGAUUUUGCUGAGCUAAGGCUUUGAUAUUACUAAUGCAAGCCCUAUCUCAGCCUAGAACUGACAGCUGCUGAUAUCCAACUGGUUUCCAUACACAAUUCUCCUCCUUCUGCAUAGCAUGUACUAUACAAUGUAUGACUGUAUGGGAACUGAAAAGUCAAAUUUCCUACAUUCAGAUGCACAGCCACAAGCAAUGCUGAACCUGAUCUUCAAAUCUAUAAAUGAUACAAUAUGGCACAUCUAAAAAAAAUAAUAAUCACUGGAUAUAAGUGAAAGGAAGACAAAGAUUCCACUCUCCACAAUGAUUACCUUUGAAAUGGAAGGCUGCCUUAUAUUAGCACAGAGAUGCAGCCGUGGUUGAAAGUGAGCAGGCAGGCAAGAGGUGGAGGCAUUUACUGUAAGUGAUGCAAAUAAGUGGCUGGAACAGAGCCUGGAAAAGGGUUGAAAGCUUCCUCCUUCUGACUCAUUGAGGGAACAGAUGCAGUGUCUCCUUUUCCCCUUAUUUUUCUAGAACCUCAGGUUCAGGGUGCAACGGCAGAGACUGGCACUCUCUUGCAAUACGUGAAGCCCCCUCAGAGAGGAUGCUUUUGCCUUGUUUCCCUUGAACAGCAGUUAGCAUCUGUAGGAUUUCAUAAAGACAGAAGAAUAUUUUAAAGUCUUAAUCAUUCAUAUCUGCUAGGAAUUAGAGAGAGAGAGAGAGAGAGAGAGAGAGAUCUUUUUCCCUACCCUUUUCAGUUGGACCUACCCCUUCUUCAUUCUGUUCAUUCUGUUUUUCCUGGUUUCUCCUGGAAAGAGAGAAGAUUAUGGUGUCUUAACUGUAUCUGGUGUCAUAUCCAUGUAUAAAAGAGAAUAGUUUGUAUAUGCAAAUAGGGGAAGCAAUUAAUUUUACAAAUCAGUGCCUUACUUUUCAGGCAAUUAAUUUUAAUUGAUCGCUUCUAAUUCAAUUCAUAUGAAUUUAAUUUUUUGUCCUCAUCCUGACCUUUUUGAGGAAUGUUGGUCUGGCCUUUCUGACAUGCAGACAUGUCUUUCUCACAUACAUCUAUGGUUAAGGCUGGAGUAGGCAAAUCCUAGGUUUCAGCUGCAUAUUGGGCAAGGCAAAGAAAUCAGGCAUAACAUCUGUAAGUGUGUUUACAAUCUUUCCUUCUAGCUAAUUUUCCUUGUUUUUGACACACAUAUUAAAUUCAUACCUCUCUUUAUUUAUUAUUCAUAUUUCUAUACCGCCCACUGUCCGAGGACUCUGGGCGGCUUACACCAAAGACAGUAUACUAAAUAGCAUAUUGCCCCCAACAAUCUGGGUCCUCAUUUUACCCACCUCGGAAGGAUGGAAGGCUGAGUCAACCUUGAGCCGGUGAGAUUUGAUCCGCUGAUCUGCUGAACUAGCAGUCAGCUGAAGUAGCUUCAGUACUGCACUCUAACCACUGCGCCACCUCAGCUCUUCCUUUUGGGAAAAGUCCGUUGUUGUAUCCUGACAUUCCUAUAAAGCAGAAGGAAGGUGGCUUGUUGGCACUAUUGCCCCUGUCUUGAGUCACUGUGUUUUCAAAGCAUUUGUGGUCUUUAUUCUGCUUAAUUACCUUUUACUAUCUUUGAUAAAACUUGGGGGAACUAUUCAGAACGAGAUCCUGCACAGAAGUGCAUAAUGUUUGCAACCAAGAAAUAAAAAACUGACUCCUAAAAAACCCUGAAAGAGUGUCAGUGUGACAGGGUGGUCUGCUGGGAUCGGAGAGAGGGGAAGAAUUUGAAAAAUGAAGAUGGCAGCCACAGCGGUGCAAUUGAAGUCCCACCUGCCUUUUAACAUGCGUCAUACAUAUAGGAUAAAGAUGAGGUGGGAAUUUGCACAGUCUUUUUUUGUAUAAUUUUUAUUAUGUUUUUAAAAGAUAAUUUAAAAUGAAUUCAGACUAAAAGUAAAAGAAAGAAAUGAAAGCAAAAGCUAAAAAUGCAAAAAAGGGGAAAAAAAAGAAAAAUAGAUAAGAAAAGAUGCAAAGAAAUAACUUCCAAUUUUCUUUACAGCAGUUAUAAAUACAAUAACUUAUACUUAAAUUUACUUCAUACUCUAUGGCUACAACUCUCUUAUUUCUAUAAUUUAAUCUGUCUAAUAAUCAAAACUAUAUUUUAUAGGUCUAUUUUUUUCUCUUUCAAGCAAAGGAUAGUUUCCAGUCAGUAAUAAACUUGAUAUUGUCUUUUCUUUGAUCAAAGAACUCAGUUUGCCCUCUCAGCAAGUUCCAUCAAAUUCACUCACCAUUACUCCAUUGUGGUUAUGAUUAGAUUUUCUAUAUACAACAAUCUCACUCCAGCUAUUGUGUACAAAAUGUUCCAUUACUUUUUUUCCAGUUGGAACGUUGUACAAUCUUGGGUGCCAUCAUUACUUUUUUGAUCUUCACUGAGGAUGCUUUCAUUUGGAUACCGAUAAGGAAGAAAGGAUAGGCAGCAUCUGGCUCCAAAUAGGUUUCAAGAAUCACUGUGCUAAAGAGAUAUUACUUAAUAUUAUGAAAGGUCUAAGAUUAUGUACACACUGUUUAAUCUACACUGGGCAUCAACAUUUACCCAGAUACAAGUGAUAACACUGCAAUGCAACAUAAAAUGUCCCUUGAUCAAGUAGCUUUGAUGCACACAGUAGAAUUAUUCAGUGCAUUGUUUACUUCAAUGAAUUCAAUGAAGUGAAUUCCCUUCAUGCAUAAAAUGAAUGUAAAUGUACAAACAAUUCCCCAUCACUGGAAAAAAAAAGGAAAAACAAAGGCAGCUCAAUGUAUGUAGGACUCCAUCUUUGCUUUUCAUUUUUAAACUUUCUUCCCUCUUGACAUACACUAUGUAUUGAUUAUAUUUGCAUUGUUUAACAAUGGUAUUAUAAACUGUGUUUUUUAAAAUCCUCAAAGGACAUUUGUAAACCAUGCCAUUAAAGCAUUUUGUAAAUCAUAUUGUAAAGCCACUGAUAAUUCAACUGGAGGAAAUGAAACCGUGCUUUGGGAUGUAAACGGGAGUGAUUUAAAACUUGUGGCAUCUAAAUAAACUCCUGAGUACAGAU